CAAACGACGAAAGAAAAUGCAUAAUUUUCGUAAACAACAAUCGACAGAUACCACCGAUAAUGGAGUGGAAAAGAAUGAUUACCCUCGUGCCACAAAUGGUGUGGUCUUUGGAGCCAUAAUAACCUUUGUUGGUUAUUUCUUUAUGAUGAUGUCGUUCUGUUCACCCUAUUGGAUUGAAUCGUACGAGGAGACACUAAGCAGCUUUAAGAAUAUGGGCUUGUGGCAAUAUUGUUUUAAAGACUUCACAUAUCCCAACUACCAAAUACCACGUAAAUUUAAUGGUUGCCACAACAUUUUCAGCUAUGAAUACUAUGUAAUUCGUGAAUGGCUUCUACCCGGCUGGUUGAUGGCUGUACAAGCAUUUGUUACAUUAUCAUUCAUUAUUGUUUUCAUAAUAUUGGUUAUAUUGGCGUUAACAAUUAUUCGUCUACCAUUGAAAUUUGUUUUGCAAUAUGAAUGGUUAUUGGUUCGCAUCUCCUAUUUUGGAACAACAAUAUCAUCUGUCUUCAUGUUCUUGGCCGUUUGUAUAUUUGGCGGCUGUGCCUAUCGUCGUGACUGGCUAAUGUAUCCGAAAUUUAAUGUACUCGGCUGGUCAUAUGCCUUGGCUGUUGUCACAUUCAUUCUGUUGGGCAUGGCUGCAUUGAUCUUCCAUCGCGAAGCGCGUGAGGCCUACGAAAUGCGCGGUGAACAAAAGAAUUUGGUAAUGCAAAUGGAAAUGCAGGAGCCGGGUUAUCACGCUGACCGUCAUCAUCAUAGUACAUCAAGAAGUCUGCAUGGUUAUAUAUAGGCAGGAGGAAGACA